AUGUACAAAGCCUGUAAAAUUCCAAUGAAGAUACAUUUUAGGGGUGGGUACUUUUUACCCAGUUUGCCUGUCAGCGAUUACGUAUUUACGUGGUUGUUCUCAGUGGUUCUCGUGUUCACUCAAUUUGGAUUACAAUUCCAAAACUCACAGACAUUUGUUGGGAGUCUAGCUGUUUUUCACUACUUGCCGAGCUUGGUUUCAAUGUCUCAAAAACAAGUUGAAAAUCUCGGUAUUUCAUGGGAAUUUUUCCAAUCGAGAAUUAACUAA